AAAUCUAUUUAUGUUUAUAUUUGAUUUUGAAACACCUAAUUCUUCCCAGCUCUGUCAGUUUAUGUACUGAAAAAUAUUUAGUAAAACUAAACAAUAGAAUUUCAAAAUGGCAGACAAGGAAGAAGACGAGGUAAAAGACAGGAAUAAAAGUCGUCUUCGUUAUGUAUUGGACGGGUAUGCAGAGAGUUCUACAGUGCAUGGUCUCAAUUACACUCUGGACACAGAACUUCCCAUGCCAGAUCGAUGUCUGCUAGGGACCAUUACGUUGUUGUUCAGCCUGUGUGCAGGAUAUCUGGUGUACGGUUGUGUUGUACAAUUUAUAGAUUCUACGGUAUUGAUAUCCCUUCAAAAUACAUCAGCUAUAGUGGAAGAUCUAAGUUUUCCUUCAGUAACUAUCUGUACUGGCAAUCUGAACAUGGAUGCUGUGACUGCCAACAUGAACCGUCUUGUAAAUAUCUGGAUUGAAGAACAGAAGAACAAUGUGUCUUAUACAGAGUCUUUGAAUAGUUAUUUUAAACGUAAGUUUAAUAUAACAGAAGACAGUGCUGUCUCUGCAUUUGAUGUAUUGUUCUCCAUGGCCAGCAAGAAUAUUACAACUGCAAUUACGUUGAAAUCUGUUUCUGAUUUUGUAAAUCAAAACUCAACAUCAGUUAAUCCAACAACAAUAUCAGUUGAUGUAACAACAACAACAUCAGUUAGUGCAACAACAUCCGCUAAUACAACAACAACAACUUUUCCUUCGUCAACAGUAAUUUCAGCAAUAAUUACGUCAAGCCCUAUCAUUGCAACAACAUUUGGCGCAACCACAACAACCAAGUUUUUAUCCGUAACUACAAGAGCAUUUGAAUCAACAGCAAUUUCUUUAAACUCAACAACAACAGAAAAUACAGCAGCUUUGGAUUUAACAACAAGUGGUCCAACCAUUCCUUCAAAUUUGACAACAUCAUUUUACUCAACACAGAAUCCUACAACUUCAACAGUAUCAUCAACUCAGAAUCCUACAGCAUCAAUUCUAGCUUCUACAACAUCAACACAGCAUCUUACAACAUCAAGGCAAGAUCCUACAACAACAACACAGAAUCCUACAACAUCUUCACAGGAUCUUGGAACAUCUACACAGGAUCCUUCAACAUCCAGACAGGAUCCAACCACAUCAACACAGGAUCCUACAACAUCAACACAGGAUACUACAACAUCAACACAGGAUCCUACAACAUCUACACAGAAUCCUAAAACAUCAACACAGGAUCCUACAAUAUUUACACAGGAUCCUACAACAUCUACACAGAAUCCUACAACAUCGACACAGGAUUCGGCAACAUCAACAUCAACAAAGGAUCCUACAAAAUCAACACAGAAUCUUACAACAUCAACACAAAAUCCUACAACAUCGACACAGGAUCCUGCAACAUCAACAUCAACACAGGAUCCUACAAAAUCAACACAGGAUCCUACAACAUCUACACAGAAUCCUACAACAUCUACACAGAAUCCUACAACAUCGACACAGGAUCCUGCAACAUCAACAUCAACACAGGAUCCUACAAAAUCAACACAAAAUCCUACAACAUCAACACAGGAUCCAGCAACAUCAACAUCAACACAGGAUCCUAAAACAUCCACACACGAUCAGAAAAAAACAACACAGGAUCCUACAACAUCAACACAGGAUCCUACACCAUCUACACAGGAUCCUACCACAUCAACACAGGAUCCUACAACAUCUACACAGGAUCCUACACCAUCUAAACAGGAUCCUACCACAUCAAUACAGGAUCCUUCAACUACAACAUCUACACAGAAUCCUACACCAUCCACACAGGAUCUUACCACAUCAAUACAGGAUCCUACAACUACAACAUCAACGCAGGAUCCUACAACAUCAACACAGGAUGCUACAACAUCAACACAGGAUCCUAAAACAUCUACACAAGAUCCUACAACAUCAACACAGGAUCCUAAAACAUCUACACAAGAUCCUACAACAUCAACACAGGAUCCUACAACAUCUACACAGGAUCCUACAACAUCUACACAGAAUCCUACAACAUCAACACAAGAUCUUACAACAUCAACACAGGAUCCUACAACUUCAACACAGGAUCCGACAAAAUCAACACAGAAUCCUACAACAGCAACACAGGAUCCUACAAAAUCAACACAGGAGCCUACAACAUUAAUACGGGAUUCUACAACAUCAACACAGAAUCCUACAACAUAUACACAGUAUCCUACAACAACAUCAUCCAAAACAACAUCAACAACAACAGUAUCAACCACAUCUACACCAAUAACAGAAUCAACAACAGAAACUCUAGUUCUCGGCCGUCGGAAGAGAGAAGCUUUAGAUGCGAUCAUUUCUUUUUUAACAGAGUCUCUUCCUGGUCUUGGUACAGUCACACUCACACCAUCAGAAAAUACAGCAGGUACAACAACAACAACAACAUUAUCAACAGCAGAAACAGAAAAAACAGUAACAGCAACAACUGCAGCAGUGCAAGAUGCAACAACAACUAGAGCAGCACAAGAUCUAACAAUUACAACUACAGCAGUGCAAGAUAUAACAGCAUCUACAGCAGCAUCAAUGUUAGCAGCAACCUCAGAAGCUCAAGAAGCAACAACUGCAGCAGCAGCUACAACGACAACAGCUGAAUCAACAACUGCAGGUCCAUCGAUUGAAACAACAACUGCAACAGCAGAAGAAUCAUCAACAACAACAGAUUAUACAACUACAACAGAAUAUACACCUACAACGGAACCAUUUCAAAUAAAUCAAGAACAUGCCAGUAUUCUUGAAAUGCUUCUUGACGGAAAAAAACACGGUCAAAACGUUGAAUCUUUGAGAGAAACUGAAGAGACCGAUCUUAUUGAAUACUUCAAUUCACAGGCUGUUGCCGAGACAUUUGCUGAAAUGUUUAAGAUUCUCUGGUUCUCAAGCCUACCCUGUUUUCGUACAGAAAAUAUUACUCAGGGGUAUCUACUUAAAUCCUGCACAUAUCAAGGUAUUGAAGGGGAUUGUCGGAAAAUGUUCCGAAAAGUUGCUACGGAUUCCGGAUUCUGCUGUGCUUUUAAUAAUCAUCAACAGCUCCAGGAUUCUGAAUACAAGACAUUAAUGCAGACAAUGACGCAGGAAGAAAUUAAUGCGACUACUAGUGAGGAUACUGAAUAUAAGAUUGAACCUGGCUUAUCUCAAGGGCUGACAGUCAUAUUGGAUAAACAUUCUAACCUAGAAAGCUUAGGUUCUGUAGACAGGGAUUGGGAAGGAUUUCAAGUGUUUGUUGGAAGCCCUCAUGAAUUCCCCGAACUGAAAGAGCGUGGAGUAAUGUUGGAGGGAGGUUCAGAACAUUAUUUAGAAGUUACUGCUACAAAAACAACAACUACAGAUGACCUUAGGACUGAGUCAGCUGAGAAAAGGGUUUGUAAGUUUCAAGACGAAAAUGGGGAGUUCUCCCUUUACAAAACUUAUUCCAGGACAAACUGUUUGUUUGAAUGUGCAGUACAGGGUGUGUCUGUAGAAGUGGGUUGUGUACCCUGGAAUCUACCUAAAAGUGACAGCGCUCGAGUUUGUGAUCCCUGGGCCCAGGCUAACUUUACAAAACUCUUUGAAAACUUUGAUUAUGAGACAUGUACAGCUUGUUUACCAGAUUGUACAGAGGCAGAGUACACAACAGCAAUAUCAUCAGCUAAAUUCAGGCGAUGUGAUUCACGUAAUUUUGACCUGAGUCCACUCUGCAGCUCAUUUCCUAGCUCAGGGACGGUCAUUUGGGCUGAUCAUGUAAAUAAUAGCUUCAACUCAGAGGAGUACACUCCUACUUACCUACUCCCACAGGGACCAACCAGAGAUUAUUACUCUCCUGGAAAUAUCAAGAAAGAAAUUUUUUCAUCCCUAACCAAGGCUGAUGUUAGGACGUACAAUGCGUUUGAGAGAGAUAUUGCCGUUGUACAUGUGUAUGUUGCCUCAUCAGUAGCCAUUGAGUUUGCAAGAAUAGAUGAGAUGUCUGGAAUAUCUCUGGUUUCAAUGAUUGGUGGUCAUCUAGGUCUAUUUCUGGGCUGCAGUGUGAUCUCAGCAUUGGAACUUAUCUAUUGGUUCAUUUAUAAACUUAUCCUACCCUUACCUAAAGCAAGGGCUACCGCUAAUGUAGACGAUGUAAAAGUUCAGGCAUGGGCCUAAAUACAGAAACUUUAGGGUGACUUUAAUAAAUUGUCAUGCUUUUUCGGUUCUUUUUAAACAAAAAAGCGCAAUCAACAUGUUUGCAAAGUUAAUUCUGAUUGGAGUGUGAAAAACAAUUUGUCGUAAAUUUGAUCAUAUCAGAAUAAUUUUCUCUAUCUGGUUAAGGAAUUUAAAAAAAUUGUUUACCAUCUGUCUAGCAUUGUUAGGAACUGUUAAAAUGUAUUUUUUGUAUUAAACU